AUGAAGUCAGCGAUGAAGUCCAAGGCCAUGAAGACCGCCAAAGCCAUGACCAAGUCCCAGCUUGCCGACCAGCUCGCCACGAAGUCCGAGCUCAAGAAGAAGGAAGUCAUGUCGGUCCUGCAGAAUCUUUCCGAAAUCGGUGCCAGCGAGGUCACCAACACCGGCAAGUUCGUUCUGCCAGGGCUCUGCAUGAUCAAGACUCGUCAGAAGCCUGCCACGAAAGGUGGCGUUCGCAUGAUGUUCGGCAAGGAGGUUCAGGUCAAGGCGCAGAAGGCGGGACCGCUGGCAGGCAGUGACUGCUGCGUCUUGCGACCGAAGUUGCCGUCAGGCGAAGACGGUUGUGAAAGCCACGCCGGCGGCUGCACUCAAGAGCCAGUUCUAGGGGGUGGCUUUGAGCUGCUGACUGCGGCGCUGCGGUUGGCUGCGUGCUCGUCGAUGGGGUUCGACGGCUACAGUGGCUUUUUCGCGCCUGUAGGCAUUGAUAACGCCUUCGGCACUCGCCCAACCCAGUUGGAAGACAUGGCUCCCGCGAUGAAGUCCAAGGCCAUGAAGACCGCCAAAGCCAUGACCAAGUCCCAGCUUGCCGACCAGCUCGCCACGAAGUCCGAGCUCAAGAAGAAGGAAGUCAUGUCGGUCCUGCAGAAUCUUUCCGAAAUCGGUGCCAGCGAGGUCACCAACACCGGCAAGUUCGUUCUGCCAGGGCUCUGCAUGAUCAAGACUCGUCAGAAGCCUGCCACGAAGGGUGGCGUUCGCAUGAUGUUCGGCAAGGAGGUUCAGGUCAAGGCGCAGAAGGCGAAGACGGUUGUGAAAGCCACGCCGGCCUUCGGCACUCGCCCAACCCAGUUGGAAGACAUGGCUCCCGCGAUGAAGUCCGCGAUGAAGUCCAAGGCCAUGAAGACCGCCAAAGCCAUGACCAAGUCCCAGCUUGCCGACCAGCUCGCCACGAAGUCCGAGCUCAAGAAGAAGGAAGUCAUGUCGGUCCUGCAGAAUCUUUCCGAAAUCGGUGCCAGCGAGGUCACCAACACCGGCAAGUUCGUUCUGCCAGGGCUCUGCAUGAUCAAGACUCGUCAGAAGCCUGCCACGAAGGGUGGCGUUCGCAUGAUGUUCGGCAAGGAGGUUCAGGUCAAGGCGCAGAAGGCGAAGACGGUUGUGAAAGCCACGCCGGCGGCUGCACUCAAGAGCCAGUUCUAG